GAUGACGUGCUCGAGAUGGCGUUCAGUUCUGCCGUGGACCGCGUGAACACCAUGGGACUGGCCGAGCCAGGAACGCAGUUCGUUGCCGCAGGCUCCAGACUCCUGGCACGCGUGGAGCACAUCGAACGACUGGACUCCUUCCAGGCGUCCCGCAAGGUGUGCUCCUUACUCGAAGAGGGCGUGGCCGCGGUGUUCGGACCACAGUCGGGUGAAGCCAGCGCUGCGGUUCGGUCGGCGUGCGACGUGUUGGACGUGCCGCAUAUCGAGACCCACUGGGACUAUAGGGCGAGGCCCGACAACCACUCGGUGAACCUGUUCCCGCACCCGGCAGCCCUCGGCAAGGCCUAUCUGGACUUCAUCAAGCACAAGGACUGGAGGACUUUCGCCAUCCUCUACGAAGAGAACGACGCCUUAAUCCGACUCCAAGAGAUCCUGAAAGAUCCUCUGAUGCGCGAGCGGAAGGUGGUAGUGCGGCAGUUCGAGUCCGGAGUGGAAUACCGAAAGAUCCUCAAGGAUGUCGGCAAGAGCGGCAUCAAGAACAUCGUCCUGGACGUGCCUACGGAGCGGAUUCACACGGCUCUGAAACACGCUCAGCAAGUGGACAUGAUGUCGGAGUACCACAACUACUUUAUUACUUCUCUGGAUGCCCACACGGUGGACAUGGAAGAUUUUCAAUAUGGCGGCACCAAUAUUUCCGGCUUCCGGCUAGUGGACGUCAACGCGAAGGAAUUUGACGAAGUCGCUCGAGACUGGCUCACACGAAGGCUGCGCUUCAGCAAGAAGGGAGAGAAAGAAGAAAACUUCUACAGGACCAAAGUCGCCCUAAUGUACGACGCCGUGCGACUUUUCGCAACGGCGCUCCGAGACUUGCAACCAGACAACGGACCCAAGAUCCAAGUGCGGCCCCUGUCCUGCGAAACCGAGGAGCCCUGGGCACAGGGAAACUCCUUCGUGAAAUACAUGAGAAUGAUAAACGUACAAGGACUCACUGGAAAUAUUCGAUUUAAUCCGAACGGCCAUCGUACUGACAUGCGACUCGCAAUUUUAGAAAUCACUCACAACGGCCUUAGAGAGGCUGGUGAAUGGACGAUGCACGGCGGCAUAAACAUAACAACAAACUACUCAAGACAACUGGAAGAAGCCCGCCUUCACCUCAUGAACAAGACACUCAUUGUGACCACUCUAGUGCAAGCCCCGUACACAAUGCUUAAGGAGAACCAUGCGGAGUUGGAAGGAAAUGCAAAGUACGAAGGGUACUGCAUCGAUCUCCUGGAAGAAAUCUCCAAGUUACCAGACAUCAGCCUCAAGUACAAGAUACGCGAAGUGGCGGACAAGGCCCAUGGGCGGAGAGACGAUAAGAACGAGUGGAAUGGAAUGAUCGGAGAGCUGCUUCACGGGAAAGCCGACCUUGCCAUCGCCGACCUGACCAUCACGUACGUGCGCGAAGAGGUGGUCGACUUCACGAUGCCCUUCAUGAACCUGGGCAUCAGCAUCCUGUACCGCAAGGCGGACAAGAAGCCACCGUGGCUCUUCUCGUUCCUGGCCCCACUGUCUCUCGAGGUGUGGAUCUACAUGUCGACGGCCUUCCUCGGGGUCAGCCUGUUCCUCUUCGUAGUGGCCCGGUUCAGCCCGUACGAGUGGGUCAAUCCACACCCAUGCGACCCCAACCCCACUGAGCUGGAGAACCGCUUCACCAUCUGGAACACCCUCUGGUUCACCAUCGGCUGCCUCAUGCAACAGGGCUGCGACGUCACACCGCGGGCCCUGUCCACCCGCGUCGCCGCGGGCAUGUGGUGGUUCUUCACGCUGAUCAUGGUCUCCUCUUACACGGCCAACCUUGCCGCCUUCCUCACGGUCGAGCGCCUGGUCUCUCCCAUCGAGAGCGUGGAGGAUCUGGCCAAGCAGACCACCAUCCAGUACGGGAGCCUGCAAUCCGGCUCGACCCAGUCCUUCUUUAAGGAAUCAGAGUUUCCGACAUACAAGAAAAUGUGGCACGUGAUGCAGGCGGCCCGGCCGAGCGUUUUUACCGAAUCCAAUCAGAAGGGCAUAGAGAGAGUGCGUCGCGGAAAGUACGCCUAUCUCAUGGAGUCCACCUCCAUCGAAUACGCCAUCGAAAGGAACUGCGACCUUACGCAGAUCGGAUCGCUCCUAGACAACAAAGGCUACGGCAUCGCAACUCCACCCGGUUCCCCGUACCGGACGAUGCUGUCGCAGGCGAUCCUGCAGCUGCAGGAGAGCGGCACGCUGCACGUCCUCAAAGAGCGCUGGUGGAAAAAGCGGCACAUAGUCAAGAAAUGCCCCAAGGAGGAGGCAAGCGCUUCCAAGGGCACCAGCGCCCUGGGCCUCGCCAACGUGGGGGGAGUCUUCGUCGUCCUCCUCACGGGGUCCUGCAUCGCCUGCAUCACAGCCAUCUUCGAGUUCAUCUGGAGGUCACGCAAGGCGGUCCCCGAAGAGAGGGAGCCCGUGUGCAUGGAAUUGUGCCGCGAGCUCAAGUUCACGCUGACUUGCGGCGGGAAGAAGCCCGUGCAGAACAAGAGCGAGGACCGGCAGCCCCCGGGCGAGAACGGGCUGCCCUUCAUGCCGCUCACGGGCUACAACGCGGUCGUCUCCAAGGACACCUUCUCCUGACAAGAGGAGCCACGGGUCACGCCCGACGACAAGGUCAGCGGCACCUACUAUCGACCUGUUCGGGAUUCCCCUAGAAGCUACCGCCCCGAAGACACCGUGGGUACCGAAGUGUAGACAUCGAUCUUCCACCGUUCAUUGCGCUUAGAGAGAGCUUUCAGGAGCAUAGUUGCCUUUGGCGGGCUCUUGUACUUUUUUGCCCAUGUACGUUAACGAACGGCCAUGUUUUCUGGGUAUGCUUCGUCUCGUCCUCAAAUACUUUGUACAUUAGUAGACUCCUCUUGAAAACCUCUUGCUUCGUUAUGCGCACACGCCCACCUCUAGUUGUAAAAAUAAAAACGUUACUCAUUUCGCAGCCCCUUUAAAUGUAUUACAAA